UUAUCCUCUGAGCACUCUUAGACUAAAUAUCUAUCUAAAUAUCUAAUUUAAAUUGUCUAUAUUCUCACCUUUAUAAAGGUGUUGAAUUUCAAAAGUUUUAUAUUUUUCUCUUAAUUCACAUGAUAGGUAAAGUAUUAUUUGGGAGUUACAUAAAGACAUAUUGUUAUGAAUAAUGGCAACAUCUAUUUACGGAACCAGAAUUCUUCCUCAGCGUUAUAAUCACUUUUUUCAUCCUAACCUUUGUCACAUUUGCAAAUACAAAAAUCAAGAGUAUUUGAAAUUAUGUUCGGGUUGUUCCAUGAUCUCUUACUGCAGCGAGCAGCACAGACUGCAGCAUCAACCGCAACACCAGGAAAUAUGUGAAGCUAUAAAAGAAAUGAGUAGGACGAAAUCUCUAUGGAUCACUCGUGGAAUGACGGACGACGAAUGGGUUAAUUAUAAGAAGGAGAAUCUGCAGGAUAUCAAGACGAUUCUAUUUCGCAAAUUGGAGCCGUAUGAGGAACAGAUGUUCUUGCUCGCAAAAUCGUGCGGUAUUUGUCACCAACAACGAGAUUUGAAAACCGUUUGUAUUAGAUGCUUACAUCUCAAUUUGUGCGAUGAUCACAAGUCCAUUCCCGUUGAACACAACUGUGUGCAAUUGAGAAGAUCUUUAUUUUUGGAUGUCUUCGAAUACUUAGAGAAAAAAGAUUUGAAAAUACCGCCAUACCAUCUACCUUCUGUAACUGUGUGUGAAAUGAUUAAAAAUGGUGGCACAGAAGCAAUUGUUAACUAUUACAAGAGAAGAAUACGACUAAAAGAUUGGAAAUUCAGUGAUUAUAUAUACUCCAAUGCCAUAUCGGGACCGUUGACAGUGACUUAUAUAAUAAAUCGUAUAAAACCCUUGGCUUUUUGGAAGCCAAAGGAAACUCAUGUCCUACACAUUAUAGCCGGAAGCUUGACGGAUAAGCAGAGUUUGUCAGCUUGGGAAAUGUUACUGCAUAUCUUAUUUCCAGCAAAAAAAAUAUUAAUUGUAAUGAUAGAACCAGGAUUAAAAAUUGAUGCAGAAGAUAUAGGAGAAUUCGACGUAUGUGCAAUAUGCCAUUCAAUGAAAAAAGCAUUAACUUUUCAAGUACACGAUAUGUCGUACAAGUCUUAUGUGCAAGAUAGUUCCUACAUUUCACCAGAUGUGAUUAUAGGAUUCAAUGUAGAUGUUAAGGAAUUAGGGGCAGACACUAUAAAAAUUUUACAGUGUCAGAAAUGUCCGUUACUUCUCACGUCUAUAUCAAAAUAUGAUAUAAAUCAAAAUAUAUUGGAAAUAAAUAAGAUACUAGAAAUGAAACUAGGAUAUUGUGUGAAUGUGAACAACAAAUUUCAAUCUCACAGACCAUAUAGAGACAUAAAGAAAGACACAUUUUUCCCUAAUAAGUGUAUAGUUUUCUAUAAUGCAGGAUUAAAUAAAAGAAGUUAUGUUUAGUUUUAUACGGUAAAUUACAUUUUUGCAAAUGCAUUAUUGCAAAUGGCAGUCGUUGCAUCAUAUUAAACAAGAGAAAUCAAUUAGACCUAGAUUUAUUUCGACCAUUGACAUAAAAUAUUUUGACAAAAUUAUUCUAUGUGUAAAAAGUCUAAAUAAUAGUAACAGAUAAAUAUAUUUAAAUAUAUGCUAGAAAUAAUAUUUACCUAUUUACCGCUUCUUCGCAUACAUUUGGCUUUAUAUUAACUUGUGCCGAAAUUAUAACAUUUAUAACGAAUUUAAGUACUAUUUUUUAAUAGUAAUGACAAUUAAUAUAACUUUUAAUAGUAAUGACAAUUAAUAUAAUGUUGUCUACAUUUUUUAUAUAGAAAAAAUAUGUAGAGACAAUUUAUUAUAGUUAUCCAAUCAACCUUUAUAUAUAAAUGAGUAUGUUGUGUAUAAUAAAUUUUCUUCCUUCCGUUAAAGUGUCAAGGUUGCGUGUCAAGUUUCAAAUUUUAUAUUAUAAAUAAAAUAGUCUUAAAUUUUAGUUACACGGACCUAAUUCUUUCCUAGAGAUAAUGUUACAAUUUGCAUUGCAGUUACAUAAAACUAUAAGUUAUGAUAUAUUUGUACAUGGUAUAUAUGUUGUAAAAUAUUAUAUCAAUUAUGUUAUAAUAUAUAUACACAUAUUAAUAAAUAAUUUUGUGCAUAUAUAUUGUCUUUACGUGUAAAGUUAUGAUAUAUUUGUACAUGGUACG